GCCAUCAGUGCGUGGGAUCCGAGGAAGGGGACACGGAGCAUUAGAGGAUGGCAUCGCGUCUCCAUGAGCUUACCCACUCGGCGUACUCAUCUCGGCUCUAGGAUUAGGGUUUGGAGCGGGCGGUCGAGCGCUUAUUCCCUCGGAUCGGAACGAAUUAGGGGCCGGCGGCGGCGGCAGCGGAGGGCGGCGAUGCUACGGUUGUGGUGCCAGUAUCAGUCACAGAGGGGCGGGGCGUUCGCGGCCCUUCUGGUGCUCCUCCUCCCGGUCUUCUGCCCUUCCCUCUUCUCCCCUCUCGGCCAUGCCUCUCCUUCUUUGUUCUCGGAGUGGAAUGCUCCUAAACCUAGGCAUAUAUCUCUUGUGAAGGGCGCUUUACAACGUCAAAUAUCGAAUGACCAGAAGUCUGAGAUCUGGGCCCCCUUGGCACACCAAGGAUGGAGAACAUGUAUUGAAUCUGCAAAUAACCCCGUAUCACUGCCUGCUAAGUCAACAGGAUAUAUUCAAGUAUUCCUUGAUGGCGGGUUGAACCAACAGAGAAUGGGGAUUUGUGAUGCAGUUGCUGUUGCUAAAAUCCUAAAUGCAACUCUUGUGAUACCUCACCUUGAAGUGAAUCCUGUUUGGAAAGAUUCAAGCUCGUUUGAGGAAAUUUAUGAUGUGGAUCACUUUAUUAAUGUCUUGAAAGAUGAGAUAUCAGUAGUUAGGGAAUUGCCUCAAGAAUUCUCAUGGAGCACAAGAGAGUAUUAUGCUGUGGCUAUUCGAGCUACUAGAGUUAAAACUGCUCCUGUACAUGCUUCAGCUUAUUGGUAUCUUGAGAAUGUUCUUCCAAUUGUGCAGAGUUAUGGGAUUGCUGCCAUUGCGCCCUUUUCACACCGCCUGGCUUUUGAUAAUUUGCCUGGGGAAAUUCAACGGCUACGUUGCAAGGUCAACUUCCAAGCAUUGGUUUUUGUUCCUCAUAUCAAUGCUUUGGGGGAGGCCCUUGUUAAACGCUUGAGGUAUCCAGUCAGCGUACACUCUGAUGAAUACAUACAAGAGGUUGUGGAUGAAAAUGUCCCUGUGGCAUCAGGAAAGUUUGUGGUGUUGCACCUUCGGUUUGACAAGGACAUGGCUGCACAUUCGGCCUGCGAUUUUGGCGGUGGUAAAGCUGAAAGGCUUGCUUUGGCAAAGUACAGGCAAGUGAUUUGGCAAGGGAGGGUCUUGAACUCCCAGUUCACUGAUGAGGAGCUGCGAAGCCAGGGUAGGUGUCCAUUGACUCCUGAAGAAAUUGGAUUGCUGCUGGCUGCUUUAGGCUUUGACAGCAAAACUCGUCUCUACCUUGCUUCUCAUAAGGUAUAUGGUGGGGAAGCCAGAAUUUCUAGCUUGCGCAAGCUAUUCCCAUUGAUGGAGGACAAGAAGAGCCUUACUUCUGAAGAGGAACUAGCUAAGGUUGAAGGGAAGGCUUCCCUUCUAGCUGCUGUGGAUUACUAUGUGAGCAUGCACAGCGAUGUGUUCAUUUCUGCAUCUCCUGGCAAUAUGCACAAUGCUGUGGUGGGCCAUCGGACCUAUUUGAACAUGAAGACCGUAAGACCAAACAUGGCUUUGUUAGGACAGCUCUUUCUGAACAAGAGCAUGGAGUGGUCUGAGUUUCAACGGGCGGUCCGAGCGGGGCACAAGAACAGACAAGGGCGGAUUCGGCAGAGGAAGCCCAAACAAUCCAUCUACACAUAUCCUAUCCCAGAUUGCAUGUGUCAGCAGUGAAAUUAUUUGGUUUAUUUCAUUUGUGUCGCCCAUGAGUUAUUACCAUGUUGUACGUAAAGAUUGAAAAGACAUAUUCCUUAGCUACUCAUCGUUACCUUCUCUAGAUUCAAUAAUCAAUUCCUUGUGUAUGAAUUUACUCCUACAUGAUACUGAUUUCAACAAA